AACCCUAUAUUGUCCUAAAUGUAUCAGAAAAAUAAAGAAUCAAUACUUCCCAGAAUAUGAAAAGCGAGCUUCCGUUGACAUGAUCAUCUGACUCAGUUAUUAUUUCUCUUAUGAUAGGCAACACUCCUUCUGCGAUACAAAUUUUCAUUAACAAGAUCUUUCCUGAAUGAACAAACUCUGUCCUCGUCAAUUCUUCCCAAUUUUCCAAUAUCAAGCCCGUAACUCCUCCUCUCGCUUCGCACAAUGCUGCUACGUGGUCUUCGCAUAUAUGACUCAACUUCCGUCGCAUUAUUAUUAACACUCAAAUCCCUGGGAAAGUUGGUGGCGGGGUCACCGCCGAUGGUUCCAUACCCAAUAUUCUCACUACCACGAGCAAACCCUAACAUGCUGUUAACGUAAACGUCUCUUGCUUUGCGAAGAACUUUUAUGGGUGCUCUUGCUAUUCGCAUGAACAUGAUGCUUAGCUUACCAUUGUUCCUCAUUCUUCUUAAUUUUAUUGGAAGUAUGGUGAUGAUUAAUUGUCUUCUUUUUGAUAUUAAGAUAAGAUGGAGAGGGUGGGUGGCGUAUUUAUUUAUUGACAAUGUAGAAUCCUACUUUGACUAUAUCAUUAUAAUUACUGGAUAAGCAACAAAUCCAUAACGUCUCUGUCACUCUCCACCGUGUCUCUUCUUCUCACUCCUUCCCUCACUCUCCAGUAUGAUUAUAAUUCUGUUUCUGCUUGUACUUAUACUAUUCCCACAUCAUCAAAGACAACAACAACAACCACCAGUACCCUUCAAAGAAACUCUCAAUUGGGUUUCCCGUUCUGGGCUUUGUGGUGAAUUGUCCGUUAACGAUGCGGGUAAACGGGUCCUCCUUUGUGGGUGGUUGCUCUUUAUAGAGUCCACGGUGGUCUCACUUUCCUCAAUCUUAGAGACCACACUGGUUACUACCCUUCCUGAUGAGUUUCCCGAUGCCCGCUCGAUUAUAAAUGAUUUGAGGUUGCAGUAUGUGGUAGCUGUUGAAGGUCGCUGCAGAAAAUGUUCAAAUACCGAAUGCAGUGAGAUCGAAGUUACUACAUCAGAUGAUGCAAAGAUUCUAUCAAAGAGGAGAUCCGUCUGAGAAUGCAGGCAUGGUUUUGGGGAAGAAUAUCUGUCCAGUUCCUUCUGCCUUCAUUAGAGGGAAAAUGAUACCUGAUGCACCCUGCAAAAUGGAGAUGCAAUAAAUAAAUGGAAAUGAACUGUUGGUAAUGACUCUGGAAAAAGUUAGCUCUGUCAUUAGAAAAAAAGCCUACCGAAAUCAAUUUAGCUCCAUUCCAAAUGCUUAUAGUUGAAGGAAAUGGAAGUACUAGGCGGCCAACUCCAUAGACAGCCACAGCAAAGAAAUGUAGGACUACGCUCAAUGGCCGAGGAUUUAGACCAGAGAGUAGAGCUAUUGGUCCCUUUGAACAUAAACCUCCAAGGCUCAGAUAGUCGAAACAUGCUCGUCACAUUUCACUUCUUGCUCGAUCAGUUGAUGCAGAAAAAACCUUGUAAAUGACACCUGCUAAUGUAUUUAUGGUGGAUGCCAUUGGCUGCAAUAGAAAAACAAAGGACUAUAUGCUUGAAGUUAUUGAUUCAAAUAGUAAAUAAAAUGAGCUUCCAUGUGAAUGCUGCUCACCUUUCGAAGAGUAUAAAAUGAUUCGAAAUAUUUGCAAAGGACAGAAGCAUCAUUUAGAUUGUCCAGAGGUCUAAGAAGGUUUCGUAAUAGAACUAUAUCAGAAAGUGCCAAUCAUUCCUCCAGUUAAAGGGUGUCGCGUGUUGAAUGCAUCACCCAACAGAAGCGCACCUGGAGUUGGAUGAGGAGAUGCUGGCAUGCUUCUGUUUGGCAUUGUUCUUAUGUUUCCUUUUCCAAUUGCAGAUAUGAAUGCAUCAUGUAGCUCAGAAGGGAUCUGAAACACGUUCAAGUUGCUUGUUGUAUUGGUGAUAAAAGAUUGCAGAUACCAUUCCAAGAAGAUAAUUCCAAUUACCUGCUUAGCCACAGUGCCUUUCAGAUAUUGAGCCAAUUCUCCAUUAGAAAUGGAGGGUACAUUUUGACCUGGUAUGUCAACUAAACAACGAACUUCAGUGCUGCUAAUAGGAUAAAACAGGAUAGGUGAUGGAUCAGCUGGAAUUACAUGUCCAUGACUUGCGUAGGGAAGGUCACAGUUCUCUAGCACCAAAGCCACAAAACAAGAGGGGAUCUCUGCCUGUUGAUAUAGAAUUGGUAAUUAUAGUCAUAACAUCCGUUAGGAAUAUUUUAUGACAAAGGUCUACUUAGCAUCUUUUAUUACCUUGAGUGGCGCAAGUUUGAAAAACAACCAUCACAAACAAUUGUAAGGGGAGCAUAUGCUGUCAUCUCCUGACCAUUUCUAGUUCUGUAGUUUACCCCUUUUACAGUUCCUUUUUUCUCUACAAGUGAUGUCACUGUUCCUUGCUGCAAAAUUAGACUGCAUGGAAGAUCAAGAAAAAGAAUGAGCAAUACUUUUCCCAAACCAAGAAAAAGAAGAGGUAUCUUAAAAGUUGGAAGUACUAGAAAAUUCUUGAUUUAAUUAUAUUUAGGUCGAAAUGUCAUGGAAGGAAGAUUACUUGGGAAGAGAUGCAGCUUUCUCCUUCAUUCUUUGUAUAAAACGACCAUUGUGAAAGCUUCUCCCGGACACAUUUGACUGAAAUCCAUCCAAGGGAUAAGAUAACUUGGUACUUCUUUCC